GAUUUUGGGAUUCCGUGCAAUAAACAGAAGUGUGUGUUUAUCCGACGUGCAAUUAACUGGCUUCUACUGUAUACGGGUGAGGAAGAAAUCGUCCAUAUCUCAUUCAUGACAAAAUUGUUUUGCAUAAUGUUCAAUUUGCAGGAACAUUUCUUGAAUGUACAUUAUGAUUUUGCAAGAAAAUCAAACUUUUACACCCUGGAACUCCGGCUUUGCCAACAUUAUAAUGAACUUUAUGCGUUGCAAUAGAACCUCGCUAGAAGGCGCUAAUGUCAGCAAAGGUGUCAAAAGGCCAAAGUUCAUUGUUGGGUCAGCUCGCUAUCAGGAGAGCGGGCGAAAGUUUAUUACUCUCACUUAUUUCGUGAUUUUUGCCGACUUUUGUGAUCUGUAUGCGUGCCGGGUGUGUUGUAGGACUGUGUAGCGCCAUACUGACGGUACUGUGUGUAGUUUGGGGUGAAGAAAGCGACGUUAGUGGCCUGGACUCGUGUGAAGGGGGCGGGGCCAGGUGUGAAGACGUGGACUUACAGCAGGACAGGUACACAACAUGUCUUUAACCAGCUGAUGUCUGCUUCUGUGCGGGCUGCAGCUCGAGCCAUGCGGGCCGUCGUUGUGAGGGAGUUCGGCGGGCCGGAGGUUCUCAAGGUCGAAGAGGUCGCCGUUCCACAGGCUGAAGGCAAACAGGUUUUGAUCAAAGUCUCUGCCGUCGGAGUGAACCCAGUGGAAACCUACAUCCGGAGUGGCACACACAACAUCAAGCCACCCCUGCCCUGGACCCCCGGCUGUGAUGUUGCUGGGGUGGUGGAGGAGGUUGGCAAGGAGGCUACCAAGUUUCAGAAAGGAGACCGUGUGUUCACCAGAGGCAGCGUGACAGGAGCCUAUGCUGAGUUCACCGUGGCGGAAGAGGACACGACCUUCAGGCUGGCGGAUCGGCUGUCGUUCCAGCAGGGCGCCGCCAUCGGGGUGCCGUACAUGACCGCGUACCGGGCGCUGUUUCACAGGACCCAUGGCAAGCCUGGUGAGACUGUGCUGGUCCAUGGGGCAAGUGGAGGGGUCGGCUUGGCUGCUGUUCAGCUGGCAAAGGCUCAUGGGAUGGUUGUCAUGGGAACGGCAGGCAGCAGUGAGGGGAUGGAGCUUGUGAAGAAGAACGGAGCGGCGCAUGUCUUCAACCAUAGGGAGGAGGGGUACAUGGACAAGAUCAUGGCAGCCACAGCAGGAGUAGGGGUGGACUUAAUUAUUGAGAUGCUGGCAAACGUGAACCUGGAGAAAGAUUUGGAGUUGCUGGCCAGGCACGGGCGGGUGGGGGUUGUAGGCAAUAGGGGACCGACCCAGAUCAACGCUCGUGCAGCCAUGACCAAAGAAACCUCCAUCAUAGGCGUAAUGCUGUACCAUAUGGAUGCGACGGAACUCGGUGAGACAGUGGCAGCCCUGUACGCAGGCUUCACCCAGGGCACCCUGAACCCUGUUGUGGGGAGGGAGUAUAGCCUGGAACAGGCUCCUGAGGCCCAUAAGGACAUCAUAGAGACUAAGUCUGCCAUGGGCAAAGUUGUGCUCACCGUAUAAAGUAAUGCUGUACUUCAGUUUAAAGAUUAUCAUAAUGUGCAUGGAAACAGUCACUGACUUAAGAUAACAGUUGUUAUCUGCAGCGUCUGAUCAUUUCCAAAACCAUAUCCAUUUGCUUGAGUAAUUGCUAUUUGGGGUAUGAAAAGUUCAUGGGAAAGUUGUGCUCACCAU